UUCUUUUCUUCUACUUCAGUUUUUUUUCUUUCCCCAGGAAGUAAUUAGACUGUAUUUCAAAUUUGCAAUUCACAUGACUUCCUUAGUUCCUCUCUCUUUCAACCCUCCUUUUCUCCACUCCCAUUCUCAUUCCUUUUCUUCCAAACCCUCCCCCCUCUCUCCUUCCCCUUCCAAUCUCUUCGUCUGCUUCUCCUCCUCUUCUCCUUCUUCUCCUUCUUCUUCUUCUUCUUCUUCUUCAUCUUCUUCACAUAAUUCCUCAAAUUUCGACCGCGAAGAAACCCGGUGGCUUCGCGAGGAACAGCGAUGGCUCCGUGAAGAGCAACGCUGGCUAAGAGAAGAGCAGCGCUGGCUUAAAGAGAAAGAAUCGCUACUUUGGGAAAUCUCCCAACUCAAGCUUCAAAUCCAGGCCUUAGAAAACCGGAAUUCCUUUCAUGGAGCUUCGGUUACGGAGACAAUAUCCCGUAUCGGAGCUUUACUUCAGGUGUUGAAAGACAAGAAUCGGAUUGCGGAAAGCGGAGAAAGCGCGAGGGAUAUGGUUUUCGAAGAAGUAAAAGAGAAAGAGGUGGUUGUAGAGGAAGGAGUUAGGGUUCUGGAAAAGAAGGCAAAAGAGGUUGAAAAGAAGAUAGAGAGGAAAACGUUGAGAGUAGGCAGCGAAGGAGAGCAAGUUCGAGAAAUGCAGGAAGCGUUAGGAAAACUGGGUUUCUACUCUGGUGAGGAGGACAUUGAAUUUUCCAGCUUCUCCAGCGGGACUGAACGUGCUGUGAAAACUUGGCAAGCAACAAUAGGUGCCCGUGAAGAUGGAAUAAUGACGGCAGAACUUCUUCAAAGGUUGUUCGAAGAACAGGAAGUCAAGAGUUCUAGCUCAAGCAAUAUUGCAACUAUUUGGGAGAAGGAGGGGACCAAUGGAACUGCAAUAACGUCUUUGACAGAAAUCUCAGAGAUACAACAGAAAGUUGUGAAAGAGGAAGGUUUCACAGAAGCAGAGGUAUCUCAACACCGAGUUUUUCUGCUUGGAGAAAACCGGUGGGAAGAACCUUCUAGGCUUACUGGUAAGGAUAAACAAGCUACGGGGAGUGAAAACAUAGAUGCCAAAACAAGCUGCCAUGCUUGUCGGGGAGAAGGCCGGUUAAUGUGCGCAGAGUGUGAUGGAACAGGUGAACCUAAUGUUGAACCACAGUUCUUAGAAUGGGUGGACGAGGGAGCAAAUUGCCCAUACUGUGACGGCCUUGGGUAUACAACUUGUGAAGUAUGCCAAGGAGGAGCAGUGGUUUAGGUUGUAAUGUUCAUUAAAUACAAGAACAUUAGAAGAAGGAACUCCAAUUAUACAAAAAAAAAAAACCCCAUAAUUCAUGAUGUUUCAGAGAAUCCAUUACGCAUGAGAUUCUUUCUUUGUUUUUGGCAAACCUCAUAAGAUUACUAGUCCCUGUUUCGGAGCAUGGGCACUGAAUUUGGAGGCAGAUGCAUUGUUCUAUGCUCCUAAAUAGGGCUUUAGAUGUGUAAUGUAUUUUGUUUCUUAUUAUUGAAAGAAAUUUCUUUUGCGGCUA